AUGAUCCUUGGCUCAGGCUGUUUUCUCCUUAAUCAUUUUGCAGUCGUAGUACAGGCGUCAAACGGUCACACUGAUGAGCGAGUGUCCCAGAUCUCCCUAUCUGUUUGCAGUGACGCAGCUGUGAUUAGCUGCGUCAAAUUCAUCAUUAUGUCAAAUUUUGAGCCAAAUGCUGUCAUCCGCGGCUUCCAGCUGACGAUUGUUGGCACUCUUCGUGCUUUGCAAAAUCCAAGGCUGUUCAAGCAUGAUCAUUUUCGACAAGCUGCUCUCGCUAUCAGUAUUGGCAUUGUUAUCCAGCUUAUCGUUCAAAUCCCGAUCAUUGCGGUCAGGGUCUUCAUCUGGUUCAGUUCAUGGGUUGUCAGUCUGGAAGAUGCCACAUGGGAUGAUAAACUUCUCAAUGGCCUCGACUUCUUGAACAAGUCCGUUCUGCAGGUUCCCUUCCUGCUCAUGACUCUCCUGAGAUACAUCACCCCAACAUUAGAUGACAUCUUCAUGGAAUCCCUCAACUGGGUCGAUACGACUUAUGUCCACAAGCACAAGACCGAGGACCCUAGAAGUCUGCGCGCCAUGUACUAUCCAAACCUAGUCCAGUACUCAACCAAGGGUGAAAAGGCCGAUUCUAAGCCAAUCCAUCAAGCGCUCAUGUCAUUCCUGAAGAGGUAUGGGCGUAAAGUUGGGAUGCUCCUGGGAAUCUACCUCGCUUCGCUCGUUCCGAUUGUCGGCCGAUUCGUGAUGCCCGCGGCCUCGUUCUACACCUUCCGCAGCGCCGUCGGAACCACGCCGGCUGCCGUCAUCUUCGGCACCGGUCUUGUCCUUCCGAAGCGAUUCCUCGUCACCUUUCUACACAGCUACUUUGCUUCUCGUAGUCUAAUGCGCGAGUUGCUCGAGCCGUACUUUUCCCGAGUCCGAUUUACCUCUGAGCAGAGACGUCGUUGGUUCUUGGACCGCGAGGGGGUUCUCUUUGGCUUUGCAUUUGCGUUCACAUUUGUUCUGAAGAUCCCCAUCAUCGGGGUCCUUAUGUAUGGCGUAGCCGAAGCCUCCACUGCGUAUCUGGUCACCAAGAUCACCGACCCUCCGCCUAGUCCGGCUCAGAGCGAGGGCUUUGCAGAGACGCAGACAACUUGGACAAACAAGCAUGACUUUUUGGGCCUGUCUCUGGACAAUCUGGACAAACUCAACUUGGCUGCACACGAACAGGAGCCUCCCAAAGCUACAAUCCCCGGGCGGAAGUUCACUUAG